AUGGUUUGCUUGAAUUUUGCUCACCUGGUUGUUGUUUUCAUUGAUUUAGUUGUUGUUGUAAGUUUUUACAGGUCUUUAGAAAGGUAUAAUUUUCAUAUUAUGAAAGUUUAUAACGUUUUAUAACACUACUAUGUAAGACAGAUAAUAAAUUUAGCUAGUGCCUUUUAAAGGCAUAAAAAUUGUGUUUUAUAGAGUUCAUACAUUUAUCGUCAACUGCCUAUGCGGUAUUUGCCGAUUGGUUUUAAUUACAAAACUAUAAGUAACGUCGCUAGUCUUGAAGAAUGUUAUGAUCAAAUAAACGAGUACAGUGAAGCUAUUGCGUUACAGUAUAACUACACGAGCAAAGUGUGCUACAGUUACAGUUCACUACAAUCGUAUCACAUUGAGACUUAUCGUACGUUUUGCUAACUAAUUGAUUGAUUUUAAUUUAGCUUCAACAUAUAAUCAAACUGUAUGGUAUAUUCGUGAUGAUUCGGAAUGUUCGGGUUGUUUAACCGGUCAACGAGCACAACAGUUAAUGGGACAGUACUCGUAUUUAAACUCAACUUGUAUACCAAGAUACGAUUUUCAGUACAAUGACACGUGGGGUUACUGUUCGUCACCGGUAAGGAUUAUUUACUGUCAUAAAAUAAUGCUUUGACGCUAAAAAGAUUUUUAAUUGAUUGAAGAUAUAAAGAAAAUGAAAAAUCAUGAUAAAACUUAAUUAUUUUAGUGUGCCAAUCAAAACUCUACGUCAAAAUACGGUGGACAAGUUUCUAAUUAUCGUGUUGGGGUGUUUACUGAUGCUAAUUGUUUUAUUAUGACUAGGCCACGUAAGUUUUCCAUAUAUCUUGAAAAAAUAUUUACAAAAGAAAUGGACGAUAUUAUUAUGUGUGUGGAAUUUUUGAUUUGUCAAGUUUUAGAAGUGAUAAAAGGAGCAGAUUACGACUGUGAUUCAGUAGGAAUGCCGUUGAUUUACAACGACAUUUACUAUUGUUAUGCAGUGGUUACACUUAAUACAACGAGCGUAACGGCUUUUAGUGACAAUGCAUGCAGUACAAUUCUGACAAAUGGUUAUGGCGUCAAGCUAAUUCAUCCCUUGAUAUACGGGGAACUUACUUGUAUGUUUCAAACACUAUGAAUCAAACAUAUUUUUUCAAGUAAAUACUAGAUAUUUUAUUUUUUUAGUAAUGAGUAGUGGGCAAGGAUAUGUUGGUGCGUAUUAUUCGAACGGAAGUUACGUUUACACGGAUGGCACGGCGUUGCCUGACAAUGUGACGUGGGCGUCCGGCUAUCCGAAAGGGAAUACAUUUGUCAAUUUGCAAGCUAUUCCAUUGAGUAAGUUUUAAACUUAUAACAAUGACAAUUAAACUUUUAUUAAAAAUGAUCUUAAAUAUCUUACGCUAAUUUACUCACUCAUAUUAAUACUUACACCCUGUUAUAGUUUGCAUUAAAUUACUUGGUGCAAAAUAAUAUAUCUUACGCGUAAUUUAUAUUAGAUAAUACGGAUUACGUACCUGCAUCAUAAAAUAGCUUUAGGUAAAUUGCAAGAAAUUUUAUUGCAUCACCUUUCUUAUAUAAUAUUAUUCAUUUUUGUAAUAUUUAGCCCGGUGUAAAACGACCUAACAAAUUACUGCGAGUACAUCAUUUUUAUGUGCUGUAACACUUUUUGCCUGCCAUAUUUUAUGAGUAUAGUAUAACUGGUGAUCUGAAGAUAAAAAUUACAUCUUUAACUUUAUAUUAUUGUGCUAAGUCUACUAAGCCUGCUAAACCUAAGCCACUAAGCCUAAGCUUACUAAGCAUAAGCCUGAUAAACCUAAGCCUACUAAGCCAAGCCUACUAAGCCUAAGCCUACUAAGCCUAAGCUUACUAAGCCUAAGCCUACUAAGCUUAAGCCUACAAAGCCUACUAAGCUUAAGCCUACCAAGCCUAAGCCUACUAAGCUUAAGCCUACUAAGCCUAAUCCUACUAAGCUUAAGCCUACAAGCCUAAGCCUACUAAGCCUAAGCCUACUAAGCCUAAGCCUACUAAGCCUAAGCUUACUCAGCCUAAGUCUACUAAGCCUAAGCUUACUAAGCAUAAGGCUGCUAAACCUAAGCUUACUAAGCCUAAGCCUACUAAGACUAAGCCUACUAUGCCUAAGCUUACUCAGCCUAAGUCUACUAAGCCUACGCCUUCUAAACCUAAAGUUGUCUUUCUACAUAUACUAUUUUUAUCUGUGUAAUCCCAAACUUUGAUCUUAUAAAGCGUCAUUAGAAAAUUCGCAAAGCGUAAGCCUACUUAACCUUUUCUAUUACGUUUAAAAUCUAUAACAGGAUUAUUAACGUUUUUUCAGCUUUGAUAGACAAAGCAAACUGGACUGGAGUAAUUACCUGUAUGUCAGAAGCACCAGCAAUUAGUUGA